AUGGAUGCGAUGGAGAAUAUGGAAAACGACAACGAUGAUGUAUUGGAAGAAGAACCAGCGAUUCAAUUAAUUGCUCCAGGAAUAGCGAGGAACCUAACACAAGAAGUCAUUACCGGCAUUUUCUGUAAUGUGGUUGUAUAUCCGCUACUUUUGAUAUUUUUCAUUCUGACUUUUCGUUACCUAACUACAAGGAUUAUACCUUAUGAAUUUAUAGAUGAAAAAUUCCACAUUGGACAAACUUUGACCUAUUUAAAAGGAGACUGGACUCAAUGGGACCCCAAGAUAACCACACCUCCCGGCAUUUAUAUAUUGGGUUUAGUAAACUACUACUGUAUAAAGCCAAUUUUCCGGUCAUGGAGCACGUUGACUAUAUUACGACUGGUAAACUUACUCGGUGGGGUGAUAGUUUUCCCUAUCGUAGUACUCAGACCAAUAUUUCUUUUCAAUGCGUUAGGUUUCUGGCCCAUUUCAUUAAUGAGUUUCCCAUUAAUGACAACAUAUUAUUACUUAUUUUACACUGAUGUCUGGUCUACAAUCUUGAUAUUACAAUCUCUCAACUGUGUGUUAACGUUACCGCUUGGUCCUGUGAAGAGUAUAUGGUUGAGCGCCUUUUUUGCUGGUGUGAGCUGCCUCUUCAGGCAGACGAAUAUCAUAUGGACAGGAUUUAUAAUGGUCCUUGCUGUCGAACGCCCGGCUAUUUUACAAAAACAAUUCAAUACGCAUGCAUUUAAUAACUAUUUGAAGCUUUUUAUUCAUGCAGUUGACGAUUUUUCACACCUUGUGCUACCUUACAUGAUAAAUUUUGUUCUGUUUAUCAUUUAUUUGGUUUGGAACGGAUCCAUAACAUUGGGUGAUAAGUCUAGUCAUUCAGCUGGUUUGCACCUGGUUCAAGUAUUUUAUUGUUUUACAUUCAUUACUGUUUUCAGUUUACCCAUCUGGAUUUCCCGUAAUUUUAUGAAACUGUACAAAAUAAGAAUAAAAAGGAAGCCAAUACAAACCUUUUUUGAGUUUAUUAGCAUUAUGCUAAUUAUUAGAUACUUUACUAAAGUUCAUCCAUUCUUAUUAGCAGACAAUAGGCACUACACAUUCUACCUUUUCAGAAGGCUGAUUGGCAAUAAAAGUAGACUAGUAAAGUACCUUUUAAUGACGCCUAUCUAUCAUUUCUCCACGUUUGCAUACCUUGAAGUAAUGAGACCUAAUCAGCUCACUUUUCAUCCCAUCGCCCCACUUCCCAUUAAAGAAUCUAUACUUUUACCCAUACAACUGACGCAUAUUUCAUGGACUGCUUUAAUAUUAUGUACCAUGGUUACCAUCGUUCCAUCCCCCUUAUUUGAACCCCGUUAUUUUAUAUUACCUUAUUUCUUCUGGAGAAUAUUUAUUACCUGCAGUUGCGAACCUUUAAUAGAUGACCUAAAGCCUGCCAAAGAAGGCGAAGUCCCAAUAACUGUAAGUAGUACAAAGAGACUUUUUAUGGAGCUAUUAUGGUUUAUGCUCUUCAAUGUUGCAACUUUAGUUGUCUUUUCGAAAGUUUCAUUUCCUUGGUCUACUGAGCCUUAUUUACAAAGAAUAAUAUGGUGA